CUCUCUCUCUCUCUAUAUCUGCGCACGGCUUCUGGAGGACGAGGAAGACGAAGAAGAAGAAGGAGGAGGAGGAGAUAGCGCGAAAGCUCGAGCUUUGCGGCGGCGACGGCGACGGCCCGCGAUGAUGAAACCGACUCUCUGCGAGCUCUGCAAGGACGCCGCCGCCGUCUACUGCCCCUCCGACUCCGCCUUCCUCUGCGGCGGCUGCGACGCCCGGGUGCACCAGGCCAACUUCCUCGUUGCCCGCCACGCCCGUAUACCCCUCUGCCCCGGCUGCUGCUCCCCCACCGGCCGCCGCUUCUCUGGCUGCGGCGGCGCUGGCGGCGCCGGCCCUCGGCCCUCCGUUCCUUGUCUCUCCUGCGCCGAUCGCCCGUCCGCGGAGGGCGCCGGCUCUCUCCCCGCUUCGCCGUCCUCCUCGGCUUGUAUUUCCAGCACCGAGUCCUCGGCCAUGGCCCCGAAGAAGGAGGGCAGGCGCUCGAGCGCGGGCCGGAAGCUCGACAGGGCCGGCGUAUCGAGCUCCCUGACGGACGCGUCCGGCGAGGGGUCCGAUCCUCCGGCGAGGUUCGACGGCGCGGCCGCAUUCUCCGGCGAGGUCAGCUCAGGGGAGAGGAACGGCGGGGCCGACGAUCGGAGAGCUAGGACCGCGAGAUCCCGAGAGACGACGCGCAUAGAUCCCAAGGCGGAGGGCGUGUUCGCGAUCUGGUGCAGGAAAUUGGGGCUGAGCGGCGGCGAGGCGGCCGCCGUCGCCUCCCGCGCCCUGCGCGUCACCGUGGCGAGGCCGACGGCCUUGCCCCAGAGAGUCGCCGUGGCGGCGUCGUUCUGGGUGGCGAUGAGGUCGCGCAAGGGCAGGGGGAUGUCCACGUGGCAGAACCUGAAGAGGGUGGAGGAGGCGUCGGGGGUGCCGGCGAAGCUGAUACUGGCGGGCGAGGCCAAGCUCGUCCGCGGGGCGCGGGCCGAGAAAGCGCGGCGGGAAGAGCGUCUGGAGGAAGGCUGGGCCGAGUGCACGGCCUGAGCCCGAGGCCGGCCAGCCGGAAGCUGCGCAUUGCCGUAUGGUUUUCGCUCACCUGUACGUACGAGGGUAGCUCUCCCGUAGCUUAGGACGUGGUAGUAGUGGAUCCAGUUCCCAUUCCAAAACAGACCCAAGUUUUGAGGUGAUCAUUAUUACUUCUUCCUUGCUCACUGACCGAAAGGAAAAAAAGAAGAAGAGGAAUUUUACAAUCCCCCCCUUUUGAUGAGUGGCCAAUGUCUGGUUGCGUAGUAGUGUUCUUGUUAGUCAUUACAAUAUCGUGUAAAUGCUUGAUCUUGGUGUAUAUUUGUCGAAUCGAAUGAAUGCGCUUGAUGUGUGUGUGUGUGUGAAUAUCUUGUUCUUGGGGUUCUAAACGAAAUGCAAUGAAAUAGCUUCUUUGAUGGCA